CAGAGAGUUGCCAUACUGGCAAAAUCAGCUCUUGGGUGUGGAUCCAUAUUCGGUGGAAAAGCACAAAGUGGGAUUUAAUUUAACAUCACAGGAUUUAUCAAGAGGAAGUGUCGAAAGAGUGUCUAAAGGAGAGCAGGUUGCCAUGUUGGAUGUGUGACAAAUGACAGGGGGAACCAUCAAGCGAGUGUGGUGCAGAUGAAAGUAUGUAUGUCCACAGCAAGCACAGGACAAACCUUCGGUCCAACCCCUUUCAUGAGAGGACAGCCUUCGCUCUGCUUCCAUCAGGACCACGGUCCCGUGCAGACACACAGCUUUCCCGCAGAGACUCUGAGCCCGUUGGCCUGCAAGGGGUUUUGCUGUCCCCUCCAGCAGAGGCCCGGUAGUGGCAGGGUGACACCUCAGAGCAGAGGGGGAGGAGAUGGGAGACUGAUACUGCUGAGCGGUCUCAAGGGAAGGCUGGAGAGCAAAGCAAAACCAGCGGCCAGGGCCAGGACCGGAAAGAGAGCCGUGGAGAGCCCUCAGGCUGGAGCUGCCUCUGUUGGCCACCACAGAGAUCAAGUCAGUCACACAGCAGAAAAUCCCAUAACUCCAUGGAACAAUGAGAGACAGGCUUGUGACGGACGGCCCGGCGCCGUCAGGGUUUCAAAACUUCAUCUGUAUCUUCCUUCAACACGCUGUGAGGAUUUGGACCGAGACUCGCAGACAGAGGAGAUAAGAAACUACAGCAGAGCUCCAAAACAGGUCUCAGAAGUGAUGUCAUUUGGAGGGUGUGGAGGCAAAAAAUAUUUUCCCAAGCAAUCAGAACAACUGCAGUGCAUGUGAAGGGCCAUGCCCACUCUGUCUGAAUGGAAUCUGUUUUAUCCCUGGAAUCAAGCAACUACAAAACCCCCUAAAAAGCUCAAAGAGGAUGAAGUUACAGGAUAUUCUGUACAAAAAUAAAACUCCUAUCAUACUUAACUGUACACAUGGAAGAACACAGGGAUUUUGUGCAUAAAACUUGUAUAGUUUUCAACCUUUUCAUACAAAGCGAUUAUUUUAGGCUUAAUCCUUAUUAGUAUAAUUACCACAAACAGGGUUUAGACAAGAAAGAUAUGAAAUUGUCCUUACAGUGAGAAAAGGGGCAGCUGGUCCCAGUCUUCCCAAUUCCACAUGCCAAAGUGUCCUAUGGCAAGAUACUGAACCCAAAUUGCCCCUGACGGCUGUGCCGCUCUCGUGCACUAAACGUGAAUGAAAAAAAACUGUACUGUAAAACACUUUGAGUGGUCAUCAAGACUAGAAAAGUGCUAUUUAAAUACUGACCAUUAAGCACAUGGACUAAGAGUCAUAAACUGUAUUUGUGGCCCUGAGACAUUACAAAGUUCAUUAAAUGGCACAAUUAUAAAGUGACACAUUCACUGAGAGUUCUGCUCAGUGGCCGUGGGAGAAAUGCCUCUGGUUCAUCCCUCAGAGGACAUGAAUGUGUACAGUAAAUGUUUUGGAAUCCUACCAGUCAUAUCAAAAGAUAAUGAAAACUUUGACCAGACAAAAGGAGUUUCCCUUAUCACUGGGAAUCAUCCUCUAUGUUCUAUAUCCACAGAAUAUUAAAGUCCAGAAGUAUAAACACAGACAUCUACA